CUGGGCGGUGGGGGCGGCGGCCGCAGUGAUGGCUGCGGGGCUCGGUGGUUGACCGGCGGAAUAGGAGUGGGCCCCGCACCCAGAAUCUCGGCGCCCGCUGCUCAAGCGCGGUUUGCACCAUGGCCACCUCCGCCGCCUCCUCAGAGCAUUUCGAGAAGCUGCACGAGAUCUUCCGCAGCCUCCAUGAAUACCUACGAGGGGUGCCCGAGCGGCUCCUGGGGACGGCGGGAACCGAAGAGAAGAAGAAGUUGAUCAGAGAUUUUGAUGAAAAGCAACAGGAAGCAAAUGAAACGUUGGCAGAGAUGGAAGAAGAGCUACGUUAUGCACCCCCAUCUUUCCGUAACCCCAUGAUGUCCAAACUUCGAACCUACCAGAAAGACCUCGCCAAAUUACAUCGGGAGGUGAGAAGCACACCUUUGACAGCCACACCUGGGAGCCGAGGAGACACAAAAUACGGCACAUAUGCCACAGAGAAUGAGCACGUGAAUCGGCUACAGUCUCAAAGGGCAUUGCUUCUGCAAGGCACCGACAGCCUGAACCAGGCCAGCCAGAGUAUUGAGCGUUCUCAUCGGAUUGCCACAGAGACUGACCAGAUUGGCUCAGAAAUCAUAGCGGAGCUUGGGGAGCAACGAGACCAGUUGGAACGUACCAAGAGUAGACUGGUAAACACAAGUGAAAACUUAAGCAAAAGUCGAAAGAUUCUCCGGUCAAUGUCCAGAAAAGUGGUAACCAAUAAGCUGCUGCUUUCCAUCGUCAUCUUACUGGAGCUCACCAUCCUGGGAGGCCUAGUGUAUUACAAAUUCCUUCGUAGGCAUUGAACUUCCACACAGAGAAAGAUUUGUGGACCAGAACUUUG